AUGGAAAAAAUAUAAAAGCAAUCUUAAUAAUACGAUACCUUAUAUAAAUUUAUAAUAAUAGGAAACACAAGCUGUGGAAAAACAUGUAUUUUACAUCAUUUUAUAGAGGGAGAAUUCAAAAAAAAUUCAACAUAUACAAUAGGAGUUGAAUUUGGUUCUAAAAUAUUAAGUUUAUAAAACAAAAAUAUAAAGCUAUAAAUAUGGGAUACUGCAGGUUAAGAAAGAUUUAAAUCUGUUGCACGUACAUAUUAUAGAGGAGCAUUGGGAGCAAUAAUAGUAUAUGAUAUGACAAGAAUCGAUACAUUUCACAGUGUUAAAUAAUGGAUUUAAGAUGCUAGAGAUUUAGCAAGAAAUGACAUUUAAAUAGCUGUUUUUGGAAACAAAUGCGAUUUAUUAGAAGAAAGAUAAGUUACAUAUUAAGAAGCGAAGAGAUUUUGCGAUGAAAAUAAUGUUUUAUUUUAUGAAACAUCAGCCAAUACAGGUGACAAUGUAGAAUAAGGUUUUGUAUAAGUAACUAAAUAAAUAAUGGAUAUGGUUGAAAAAGGAAUUAUUGACAAUAAUGAAUUAAAGCCAAAAUUAGAAUUUAAUAUAAACACAAAAGCCUCUUAAUAAUAAAAUUAAAAUGUAAAUGGUUAGUAUUGUUAAUGUUGA